ACUUGUGGUUCAUGAGGCAACAAACAGCACCGUACGCCGCCAGGAGACAUCAAUGGUGGAGUACGCAUCCAUUCAGGGAAAGGUCUGAUAGAGACCGUUACUGGGGCUUACAUGGAGAGCUGAGACUGAAUAUGAGGUUCACGUCCUUAAUGAUGUACAUAUCGUCGGUUCUGGUAUUUAUUUUGUAUGUAUAUAUCGAUUUUUCUGAAGCUGCACCUCGCAUCAGUCUAUACGAUGCGUCGCCUAUCUCCAGGAAGCCAGACACAGCCUCCGACACCUGGAAGACCUUCCAUACGGAUACGUCUCGCCGUUUGCCCGAUAACAGCUUCCUUUUGACACAGUCGUCUGCUAUCGGCAUAGCUAGCCAUAUCCCCCAAAACGCCUUCCCAUCUGCACCAACUGAGCCGACCACGACCGAUUUCGACUCCGGGAUCAUUUCUAACGCAAAGGAAGAAAUAGCAUUGCUGACUUCCAGGUUGAAAAGAUCUACUGAUGCACACGGAGCACUCUUUGCCCCGGAAAAAACGCUGCAGACAAUGAUGUCCAUGGUUUCUCAACGGUCAGCCAACGAUGCGUGGUCGGCAGACACAUCUGUUACCUCAGUGGAGAAUAGCCAAGAUGGCUUCUGUAACUGCAGCACUGGAGGUGAGGGGAUUUUGUAUCCAGAUGAGUGCAACCAGAGUACUGGUCAGUGCUCAUGUCUGGACGGCUAUACUGGACUACAAUGUGACGAAUGUGAGGAGGGAUACUUUACCAAUGGCACCAGCGGCUGCCUACCCUGCGCCUGUGACUCAUUUGGUGCUGAGAGCCACCUGUGCGACAGCUCAGGGAUUUGUGUAUGCAAGGCAGGAGUGUAUGGACCCAAAUGUGACGAGUGCCACCCAGGCUUCUUCCACUUCAGCAGCACAGGAUGCCAGCCCUGCCAGUGUCACAAUCAUACCAACUACUGCCAUCCACAGUCAGGUGUGUGUCUGAACUGUGAGGGCAAUACCCAGGGGUCAAAUUGCGAGGAGUGUAAGCCAGAUCAUUACCGCAGUCGUGGCACUGCCUUGACUGAAGCCUGUGUUCUAUGCCCCUGCUCCAACUCUUCCUCCACUGGCACCUGUCACGCUGAUCCCAGUGGCUCUCCAGUGUGUGACCAGUGCCUUCACCCUUAUUCUGGCUCACUGUGUGACCAGUGCAGCGCUGGAUUUCACAAAGCACAAGGGGCUUGCGUGCCAUGUGACUGUAGUGGGAAUGCAGAUCCUCAGGGUCCCACCCAGGUUUGUCACCCCGACACUGGCCACUGCCUCAGCUGCAUUAACAACACCACUGGGCCCCGGUGCCAGCUUUGCGCUCCUGGAUUUUCAGGGGAUGCCCGGGCUCAUAACUGCAGCCGUCAAACACCUCAGCACAUUUUUACACCAGCAGUUCGUACCACGACAGAGCACCCAACUUCUAGCACUUCGUCUUCCUUCAGCAGCACCCCGACCACCACCAGAGCGAGAAACGUUCCCGUGUCUACGUCCGACGGUAACCUGAGCACAACGCUGAGCACGACCACCACCACUCAAGCCCUGCUGACGAGUCUGAGCAGCCCCACCGACAACACGACUGCGGCGCUGACCGACGUGUCCUGGACGCAGUUCAACAUCAUCAUUCUGGCCGUCAUCAUCCUGGUGGUUGUUGUGCUCCUGGGCUUUGUCGGAGGCGUGUACACUUACAGAGAAUACCAGAACCGGAAACUCAACGCGCCCUUCUGGACCAUCGAACUGAAGGAGGACAACAUCAGCUUCAGCAGCUAUCACGACAGCAUCCCCAACGCCGACGUGUCGGGCCUCCUGGAGGACGAGACCAACGAGGUGGCGCCUAAUGGCCAGCUUGCGCUGACUACACAGGGCAAUUGCUACAAGGCUUAGCACCCCUUCAGCCGCCUAUGGACUGGGACUGGACUUACAUUAUUUUCCAGAUCACACAAAGCUGCUGCAAAUCACCAAAUCCAAAGCCCCCUCUUGUAUGGCUCACUGCCGUCCUCGUCAAUUAACAGCUCCUCAAACCAAUAGCGAUAUCAAGCCACAAAGUGAGAGAAUACAUUUCCCCUUUUUUCUUAUGAUUUUCAUGAGGAAUGAAUGACCAGUGAGAAGCGUCCAAAGAGAAACGUUUUAUUGAUGUUGUCUUUUCUGAAGACAUUGUGCUGCGUUGUUUGCUAAUCGGAGCUUCUAUCCUGAAGUACUGACCUUAACGUCAGUUCGGAUUUAUAGUUAAUGAGCCAAGCAUUUUCACAUAUUUGUAAAUGGGACUUCCGACUGUUUGAGUUGAUCACUCCCCCGUGAUCUUAAACUAAGACCAUGAUUGUUAUUUAAUUUGUAUUUUGUUAUGUAUUAUUUAUUGGUUGACGUUUCAUUCUCGAGAGAAAUGCUGCACAUGUAUGACGUGUUUAUUCAUGGUGUUUUAUCUUGUUCGAUAGGUUUAAGUGACCGGUACGUUUUUCAUGUAUAGUUUGUGUGUUUUUCAGAAAGAGGGACGAUGAAGGCUGCUGGCAUAUGCAUCAGCUGUUUAUAGCUUACUGUGGGUUUGUUUCUGAAAAGAUGCCAGUACACCUGAUGUAUCCUCGGGGAGUGAUUCUUUCAGAGGCCUCAAUGACCAUUUAGGAAAACGCACUAUGAUCCACAGCGACUGCAGGCCAGUGACUUAUAUCAGUGUAAAAUUCUUACUGAAAACACCACCAUGUAAUUGGCAAGCUUUUGCCGAGGUAAGUUGGCAGCAGCCAUUGAAAUCAUUCAUUACCAGUUUUCCCAGUUAAUGUGGAUGUUUGACUGCUUUCGUCUUCAUUGGCAGCGUAUAAGUUUUAAGGAUCUGAUCACCUUAGGUGGGGCUUGAUGAGUAAUUGCUGUUUGUUAAACACAAUGUUUAAAUUUAAAAUUGUUUCAUGUGAGACUAGCUAGCAUAUAUUGUUAACAUUCCCGAACCUGCUGGGUCUUGAUAAUCAUUCACACGCCAAAUUUGCACCACGCAAAAGUUUUAUCGUGGUCCAUGACUCACCGAAUUUCGAAUUUCAUUUUUUGGCUGGCCUACAACUGAAUGAGUAAUUGAGAUUUAUCUCCUCAGGUCAUUAGGCUUUCCCUAAUGUGAUCUCUGUAAAUGUGUACAGUGAACGAAUGUGAAUAGUUGUACAGGUAGAAUAUUGUGUGUGUACUCACUCACCAGGGCACAUCGUUGCAAGUCAGCCCACAGCUUUUUGAUAUGUUUUCUCUUUCUUAUUGUCACUGUCAUAUAUGCAGAUGGAGGACUCGAAUGCACCACCAACUCGUAUCAAAAGAGCAAAUGUGAAUAAUACCCCAAAAAGUCAGAGCUCAACUCAUAAAUAAAAAGGAUUUAAC